GGACAAAACAGAUCAACGCAGUUCGAGGAAUGCGAUGAUGAAAAAAAAUAAAGUUGUAGGCCUUAUUUAGCUUUAAGGCUAAACCCGAUUCGAACAGCCCAAACUGCAACAGGAACGACCGCCCUUGCAUUCCCUGGCAAACUUCCAUGUUGUCACUCUACCAUCUCAUCUCGCUCCCCAUCCUCUACUCUUCCGGAGACCUCAGCCAACAGCUUCAUUCUAGGGAAUCUGUUUAUACCGUCAUAAAGAAUCGGCGAAAGAAGGUGAACAUACAUAAAAUAUAUUGGUAACCAUUCAUUCCAUUGCCAAAAUGGUCUGUUCGAGGUGCCAAAGGAAACUCAAGAAAACCGAGCUCGCCACUCCAGCUGUCAAGCGGAAGAAUGAUAUGUAUUAUGGCUCUCCAAGCAGCACCGUCGGUGGCGGUAGAGAUGCAAAGAGUAAAUCAUCUACAACACUAGGAAAUGCCGGCAUAUCAAAGAAUAAACUGCUUAGCAGUAAGGCGAAAAAUCCUUAUGCUGCCUACUCGAGUGCUUGCGAGUCAUGCAAGGCCAAGACAGAGCAGGGCAGGAAAUUCUGCCAACGGUGCGCUUAUACCAAGAAUGCGUGCGCAAUGUGCGGCAAAAACCUAACCGCCACGGGUAAAUAUUCGAAGGACCAGCCCGUCGUUCAGGGGCAAAAAUUCAAUUGUAAAUGAACCGGAAUUUUGUGCCCAGAUUUUUCUUAUUCCGUCAUUAGUUUAUGCCCUUUCGACUUUCUCUUCUUAUGUCUGCCCGCUACACGGUUGUAGAGAGGGUGUGCGUGCCUAAUAUAUUCAUUUUUUCAGAGAAGACUGUUUUCUUUUUCGUCCGGUUUGGUAACGGCUAUGGCGAGGGUAUCGCUAGAUACAUGUAUGUGAUAUUAUUUGGUAGGAUAUCUUUAUUCGCCUUGGGUUUUGAGAUGGAGUUAAGGUUGGUGUUUUAAAGGGAGGAUUCUGGGAUUUGUAUUCUUAAGUCAGGAAUGUCUUGUUCCAGGUUAAUCAAGAUCUUAUACCAUCUUUCUAUGAACAGCGAAUACACUAAAAUAUAUAAUUCACUAAUUGAUACGCUAAGGACAGGAAACAGGCCUUCCUUGACGUGAAAAAAAUUCGAUCAUAGAAUACAAAUACAGCUUUAUCAAACCCGACAGAUCUAGUUAUACAGAAGGCAUGCAAAUAUAAAAACCGACACAAGGGAGAGA